CUAUAUUUCAUCUAAACGUUUUUUCUUUUUUUAAACUAUAAAUAUACGCAUUCAUCUAGCAGCUUAUAUACAGAGAAAUAUUUCGCCUUUUGUGUUUCCGAGUCGAUUUUUAUAAAUUUCUGUUGUCACAUUUUAUUCCUAGCUGACUCACACUGGUGCUGCAAGGGCACCUGAUGUAAUUAAAGAUAUUUCACUGUAAACACUGGUUUUAUAUAGCAAUUAACAGAAUAUCAGAAACAGCAAAGAACUGUUUCCAUCAGAUACCUUGUCAAUAUUAAUCAUCUUUGAAAGACUAAAGGAAAAUGUUUAUAGAGAGCAUAUCUAACAACACUGCUUAUAUAAAUCCAUGGUGAAUUCCUGCUAAUAUCUCUUUAGAACUGAGAUGAAUAUCAGCAUUUGUCUUCUUCAAUUCCUGAAAAGUUUACAAACUGAUUUUGGAGUCUAAUUUUUCUUUUCCAUUUCAUAUAAUAUAUACAAAAUCAUUUCACAUACUUAUUUUGAAGUUGGAAGAAUUUAUAAAAGAGUUUGCAGCAUCUUCUGAUAUCACCAAAGGUCACAGUUGAGGGAGAUAUAAUAUCAAGAAUAUUUGGGAGGAAUAAAAUAUAAAACCAAAAAGAGAAUCGUUUGUAUAUUGUUGUAGGAAAAGGAAAAUUAUGGAGAACGAGGUUAAAUGUGAAAUACAGAAGAUUGACUUUUCUGAUGAUGUAAAGAAUGAGAAAGGUAGAAAAUCAUACCAUUGUGAUAUCUGUGGUAAAUCAUUUUCUACAAGUAGCAGCCUAACGAAACAUAAAGUUGUACAUACAGGGGAAAAACCAUAUCGCUGUGAUAUCUGUGGUAAAUCAUUCUCUCACAGUAGCAACUUGUCUAAGCAUAAAUCCGUUCAUACAGGAGAGAAACCAUAUCACUGUGAUAUCUGUGGUAAAUCAUUCUCUCACAAUGGUGCCUUAGCUAAACACAAAGCCAUUCAUACAGGAGAGAAGCCAUAUCACUGUGAUGUCUGUGGUAAAUCAUUUUAUCAAAGUGAUAAAUUAACUUACCACAUACGCAUUCAUACAGGGGAAAAGCCAUAUGUCUGUGAUGUCUGUGAUAAAUCAUUUGCUGUUAAUAGUUCCUUAACUCGACAUAAACUUAUUCAUACAAUGGAAAAUUCAUUUUCUGAUAAACCGUUCUCCAGCGGUGACAGUUUUGCUAAAUGCAUGCACAUUCGUGCAGGAGAGAAACAACAUCACUGUGAUAUCUGUGGUAAAUCAUUCUUUAAAAGUAAUGACUUAAAAAGACACAAAUAUGUCCAUACAGGAGAGAAGCCUUAUCAAUGUGACAUCUGUGAGAAAUCUUUCUCUCAGAAAUUUUGUUUAACUAAACACAAAUAUAUUCAUACAGGAGAGAAGCCAUAUCACUGUGAUAUCUGUGGUAAAUCAUUCUUUCAAAAUGAGCAGUUAACUAAACACAAACGUACUCAUACAGGUGAGAAGCCAUAUCAUUGUGAUAUCUGUGGUAAAUCAUUCUUUCAAAGAUGUGACUUAAGUAGACACAAAUAUACUCAUACAGAAGAGAAACCAUAUCAUUGUGAUAUCUGUGGUAAAUCCUUCUCUCAAAGUAGUGACUUAAGAAGGCACAAAUACACUCAUACAGGAGAGAAGCCAUAUCAUUGUGAUAUCUGUGGUAAAUCCUUCUCUCAACAAUUUUAUCUAAAUAAACACAAACGUAUUCACACAGGAGAAAAACCAUAUGAUUGCAAUAUCUGUGGGGAAUCUUUUUAUGAAGGAAGUCACCUGAUUAAGCACAAAUAUAUUCAUACAGGAGAAAAACCAUAUCACUGUGAUGUCUGUGGUAAAUCCUUCUUUGAUAGAAGCAGUUUAACUAUACACAUACGUGUUCAUACUGGUGAGAAACCAUAUCAUUGUAACGUCUGUGGCAAGUUUUUCUCCAAUAGAAAAAUUCUGAAUUAUCAUAAGCAUACUCACACAAAAGACAAACACCUGUGUGAUGUGUGUGGUAAAUCGUUGUCCAAUGCCCUUUGCUUAUCCCAUCACAAGGAUCUGCAUGCAGUUGAGAAACAAUAUCAUUGUGAUAUUUGUGAUAAAUCAUUCUCUCAGCGUAGUGGCUUAACUGUACACAAACGUGUUCAUACAGGGUAAAAAAUCAAUGUUAAUAUCACAGCAAUUUCUAAUGGGCCAUUCUCUGAAAAUGGUGACUUAACUAAACAUAAACUUAUUCAUACGGGAGGGAAGCCAUAUCACUGGGAUAUCUGAGAAAUCAUUCUCUCAAUGAUUUAACUAUACACAAAUGCACUCAUACAGGAAAAAAAGUCAUAUCCUUGUGAUAUCUGUGGUAAGACUUCUCUAACUUCUCAUAAAAAUUCUCAUACAGGAGAUCAAUGUUACUUGUGUGAUGUGUGUGGUAAAGCACUGUCUAAUGUCCGUUGCUUAACCCAACACGACGGUCUCCAUGCAGUUGAGAAACCAUAUCACUGUGAUAAAUCAUUCUCUCAAAGUUUGAGUAAACACAAGCACAUUCAUACAGGAUAAAAGCCCUAUCACUGCAAUAUCUGACCCAAACUUAUUCAUAAUGGAGAGUCAUUAUGGUCACUGCAAUAUCUGAUUGAUUAGUCACUAAUGGAAGCCAAAACUGUGUACCUUGAAUACGACUUUCUUUUAACAUCCUGAUAGACUCUCUCUACUCUAUUUCUCACACACACAUUUGUAUACAUGACAGCCUGUCUAACGAUGAUGAUGAUGAUGAUGAUGAUACGUCACACUCACACACACACAGACAUGUUAUAUCAAUAAAAUUUUCCA